CUGACAUGACUGAGUAGGAGGGCUAUGAGGGGAGUGUGAGGUGUCUGGGGUGUGUGUGUGUGCUUUUCUCUUGAUCCUCAGCUAAACAUUUCCAUCCUCACUGGACAGAGACACCUUUGUUAACCCAGAAGGCUGCAGGGUCUCCAUAACGUCUCACCUCUCUCACACUCUACAUCUUCCGAGCCAUAGACAAACAUGCUGUGCACAGGGACCCCACAUCUGCUGCUGCUGCUUUUUACUGGAAUUUUGCUACCUGCGUUUCUCACAGGGUACCCCCAGGCAGCAGCACCCACUAGUUGGCAGGAACCUCCAGAGCUUCCUUCAGGAGUGGAACCCAUUGAUACCACACCAUCUGUAUCCCUCUCUGAUGUCACAGGACUUCCUCCUGAUGCUUCUGAGCUGUAUCCCACAUACGAGGACCCAGUGAGUAACAGUGACGGGUCCCUGGGUCCCGGAGCUGUCGCUGCUAUUGUCCUGGCUGCUUUGCUCGGAACCUCUGUCCUCAUCGCUCUGAUUGUUAUCACACUCAGAAAGUUUUCUGCUUCUUAAACCAAUAAAGAAUCACAUUGUGUUCUA